CCUUUUAAAAUAGGUUAGUGUCCGUUCAUGACUGCUUGCUUCGCAUUCGCAAUUUCGCAUUCAUCGAAUGAUUCCAUGAUUGUGGCAGAAUGUUAAGCAAUGAAUAACAACCAGCGAACUUUACAGAAUCAGUUCUGAAAUCAUCAUGAAGCCAUUGCAGAAAGCUCAAAACAUGGUGAUACCAGGUCAAAGAACGCAUGCUAAGCGUAAUACAAAAUCCAAAAAACUUUUAACUCCACCUUCAAGUGAAUUGCAAAGGAAAGGCUCAGUUGGCUCCAUUACAUACAGCAAGACAAGACUGUUAACUAACAACAGGCAUUUAGCACUUCAGCUAAAUAAAAAGAGAGUUGAAGUGCAUCGUUUGAGAGAAGCUAAUCAAAAGCUGUCAAGAUCAUUUGAGGCGUCCAAACGUGCCUUCCGAAAUCUUGCUGAGAAAUACAACAAUUCCGUGAAACUGCUGAGAAAAGUGCAGCAAAUGGCUCCUAAAGUGCAACAAGAUAUUUGUAAAGCUAUGAGCAAAUACGAGAAAGUGUUCUCUCCGGUCGAGGAAUUUGACCUUGAAAACUUGGAGAACUUUAGUUUUCUUGACAACUUGGAUCUCACUGAUGAUAUCACCCACAAACCAAAAUUGAGGCCUUUUUGUCACAAGCGGGCUGCAGUGCACAGGGUUCGGCCAAUGAAAUUUGGACUUGUUCUUGGUAAUCCAGUUGUGUCGUUGCAUCGUCUACAGGCACCUUCAGAUUCGUUGGGGGAUAUAGAAGAGUACUCUUCGGAAUCUGAAAAUGACAUUCAAGAUGAGACAGCGGCAGUGGAACCAGAUCCUACUGCAAGAUGUGCCCGGCCUGGUCCAAAUCGUCGCUCUUCUAUGACAACUGCCAGGAUCUCACCUAGCAAGAAGAUCGCUGAACUGACUUUGUCUGUCCCUGUCUUGCAGCCAAUGGACUCAACUAGCGCUACUUCAUCCAAGAGAAUAAGACUGGAGCAGACAAGACCAAAUUCAACAUUUGGAGGAGGUGUUGGGAACAAUUCUACGCAACUGACAACACCAUGUCGUGUAAUGGUUGAACAUCUCAGUGAAGAUCACUUCAGAUUGAAUGGAUCUCCUUUGCUCUGUUCUCAACAUAUAGGUCUUCCAAUGUUACAAUCAACUCCCUCUAAUGCCACACACAAACGUCGCGCUAACCAUAGUGUUGAUGAGAGAAGAACCGAGAGAAAGGUCACUGAUGAAGAACUGAUCCGAGCUUUCACUCCUAUGCAGGUGAAAAUCAACCUAGAGCCACUAAAUUUAGAUUCAUCAUUAGGCACACAUGCAACAAUACAGAGGAAACGGCAAAGGAAGCUUACUCCUUGUGUGUCUAAAAAUUUUGACAGCAGCAGUGGUGCGGAGACCAUGAAAGCUGCAAGAACCAAUGGAUCACUGACAACUGAUGAGGAUUCAGAGAAGCUACAUUUGAAAAAGAAGGCUGUGAAAAGGGCCAAAAAUGGUUCAAAUCAUCUGACAGUUAAAAUAAGGGCCAACAAACCAUUCGACAAGAAAAAGUGCAGCAUUGAGCAGGAAGAGUUGGAGCUGCCUGUAACCUCGCGAAACAUCACCAAAAGGCGAGGAAAAAGAAAUGCGGAACUUGCAUUAAACAACAGUAGUCAGAACAAUGGAAAUUCCAAGGAGAUUGACAGAGAAGAUCAUCUGCAUGCGGACGAAGAAGCUACUAAACAGGACCAAAUUUCGAAGAAAACAUUUGAGCCACAGCAACCAGAGGAUAGCGCUGCUUUUGAGAGGGAAGAUAAGCAGAUAGAGCGUACUCAACAAGCCAGCAAAGCUUUUGCAACUAUAGAAAAGCAGUCUGCUCCCAUGCAAAAACCUCGACCUCGUAAACCUUGUCCCAAAAGCAAGAAACCAAGCAAUUCUGACUACAAGAAGAUGUCGGCCAGGAUACCUGUGGCAGAAAUGGAAGACAAACAAGUUGAUGAAGCAAGAUGUGAAGGUGGAUCCAAGGAUAAAGUUCCGCGAAGUAUGACUGACCAUUCCAAGCCAAAAUCAAACGUAGCUUGUCCUAAAAGCAAGAAGGUUCAGGACGAAAAGGAGACUGAUGACACUACCAAUAAAGGUAGUUCUUCUGACAAAAUUAUAACCCUUAAAAGUUCUGAAGAGCAGCUGAUGAAUAAACCGAACGUGCGAAACCUUAAGAUCAAGAAGACUAUCAAUUUAGAGGCGAAGACAGCCAUAGCGCCUGUCGCAUUGAAGGAGGCCCCAAUUAGCGAGCCUCAUGCACCCAUGGUCACCGCUAAGCCAAAAACCUGCAAGCCUAUGCCACUGUCUAAAAAAAUACAGCUUGGUAUAGUUGUGAGUGACGAUCUUAUCAUUGAUUCUGAAAUGGUGCACUCAGUAAACAAUAUAAAACAAGAGCCCAACACCAGCAGUACUGGCGACCAAAAUGAUUACAUGAAGAAAUUCUACCAGCGUUUAUCCCUCGAAGAUCCCCUUGAAGGCACUAGUCGGCAGCAUGUCUACAAAAUGACUCAACUGCCCAACAUGGAAAAGAAGAGGUCACUGCGACAUCACAACGAAAGCGUCAGCUACUCUGAGUCGCCAUUGACUGAAAAAUCUGAAGAUGAUGAAACUUGGUACCCAAGCAAAAAAAACUUCAAGAAAUAAGAGACAAUUCUACCUGAAGUACCUGUUGUUAGAUAAAACAUAAGAAAAUACAACCCAAAAGUGCUUGAACAAUAUUUAAAAUAAUGAGACUUGUAAGUUAGUCGAUAUUCUUUCUCUUGUCAUUGUUGCCGAACGUUACAAAAGCCAAUAAAGUGUUGCUAUCCUCAUCACAGUUAAUUAAUUAAAAA